CGUCGUCGUCGUCGUCGUCGUCGUCGUCGUCGUCGUCGUCGUCGUCGUCGUCGUCGUCGUCGUCGCCGCCGUCAUCACCGCCACCGUCAUUGCCAUCACCAUCACCGCCACCGUCAUCAUCAUCGUCAUCCGUAAAAGAUCGGUGCACGCACGCUCACUCCGUGCGUGUGGUUAUCGCUACUCGUGUAAGCUUGGUGCGCGCCGGUGCGUAAGUACGAUUACGCAGACCGAAGAUAACCGAAGCACGGCGAAGUCGCCCGAGGCGGCACGGCGGCCGCGAAGAGAGACGGCGAUCACGCUCGUAUUUCGCGACGGCCGCUUCCCCCCACUCUCUUCCUUCGCGUGUGUCUAUUCUUUGUGAGUGUGGUGUGUGCUGCGUGCGUACGUGCGUGUGGUACGUCGCGCGUGGCGCGGGAACGCGCGGGAAGAGGAGUGAGCAUAAACGGAAGUUGCCAGGAAUACGCCAAACCGAGGAAAUAUGAGCAUUGCUGCCCUACUGCAAGCUGCCGAGUACAUUGAACGAAGGGAACGAGAAGCAGAACAUGGCUAUGCUUCAACAUUGCCGAUACCUGAUGAUAUGCGGACGAUUACAAAGAAGCCAAAAACGAAGAAGUCCCAAGGCAGCAGAACAACUCAUAAUGAACUGGAGAAAAAUAGGAGGGCCCAUCUUAGGACUUGCCUCGAAAAGCUGAAGCUACUAGUGCCACUUGGGCCUGAAACCUCGAGGCAUACCACGCUGGGCCUUUUGACCAAAGCUAAGCGUUUUAUCAAAAACCUGGAGGACCGUGAGCGCAAACACGCUAUACACAAGGAGCAGCUGUCGCGCGAACACAGGUUCCUAAGGCGACGGCUCGAGCAGCUGACGAGCCAGACCGGCCUCCACAGCCUUCACGCGCUCCACGGCCUCCACGGGUUAAACCCGAACGCGCCGACCGGCUCCACCGCCGCCGCCUCCGCGGCGUUACUGUCCAAGCGGCGCAGCAUCUCCGAAUGCUCCUUGAGCACGGCUUCCGUCAGUUCUACCGGCAGCUCCAGAAACUCCGACAGAUCCGCGGGCAGUCCUUCUGUUUCGGAAUCCGAUGAAGUGGACGUGAUUGGUUACACAAGCAACCAAUCGGACACCGACGAUCACAGUAGCGUACAGAGUAGUAGCGACAGCGGUGUCGCAAUGUCCACUUCCAGGUUGACCCUUUCCGAGAUGAUAGACAAUCUUUAGACAGAGGUGACGCAGUGGUGACGGCAGAAGUUGAGAAAGAGAGAGAGUGUGUAUAAGAGAAUGUGUGAGAGAGAGAAAGAGAGAGAGCAAGAGGAGAAGGAGCAGAAGGAAGAUCCAUCGUGUACGAAGAUCGACGGUGCGCAAGAUAUCGAUUCAUAUACACAUACACAUACAUACAUACAUACAUACACUCAAGUGCGCGCGCGCGUACGCAUGUACACAUGCAUAGAUUCGUAUUCAUAUAACUUUAUCUUAAAAUUGUUUACAAAGUUCUGUUAAAGAAAAGGUUCUUGAGAAUUCGCUAGCUCGUGUUUGUGAUUUUGCAAAGCCGCUUGGUGAAGAAUCAAGGUAAAUAGUUUUUUUAUAUCGCGUGACACAAAGAGAAAGGAGAAAGUAGAAGAAAUGAAGAACUUGAAUUUGGUGAAGUAAAACAUCAUUCGUAAUUCUGCAAAAUUUCUCUAAAAACACUAAAUCAAAAUAUCGGGAGAAAAAAAGGAUAAAAGCCAGUGACAUUUUGGAAAUCACGAACACAAAUCCGAGAAUCCGAGGACAUUUUCUAAAGGAAAUUCGAUAAAAUAUAGCUUACAAUUGCGUGAUGGAUAUCUUAAAACAAAGUUGGGGAAAAAGAAUAAUUGUAAAAAUAGAUGUAACGGAGAGUGGAAAAUUUAUGAUCGACUUCAAAAGAAGAGAGAACUUAUAAAAAAAAAAAA